UAAUAAGAUAUUAUCUCUCAGUCGACGUCAAAACCCUUUUUGUAGGCGAAGCAUCUGGACCGGGUACAACGAUACUGUACGGAUCCAACAAACUGGAUUGAUUACCCACAAGUACUUAUUCUUUUUGCUCCUAGCGUUUCGGAGAAUCCGAUCAAGAACAAAGUAAACCAUAUUAUAAGUAUUAUAUAGACUUAGAUGUUCCGGUUUCCGGUGAGUCUAGGAGGUUCACGUGACGAAACCCGUCACGAUCAGAUCACACCGUUGGACGAGCGUCGUGUAGUGGUUGGUGAGGUUGACUUCUUCUCGGAUAAGAGAGAUAGGGUUUCACGUGAGAACAUCAACGACGACGAAGACGACGAAGCCAGUAAGGUUCACGUCAAAAUGGAGAGUUCACGAGUUGAAGACAACGAUCGUUCUAGAGAUGUAAAUAUCGGGCUGAAUCUUCUGACGGCGAAUACGGGAAGCGAUGAAUCAACAGUGGAUGAUGGACUGUCUAUGGAUAUGGAAGAUAAACGUGCAAAGUUUGAGAACGCACAAUUGCAAGAGGAGCUGAAGAAGAUGAAAAUAGAGAACCAAAGGCUAAGGGAAAUGUUGAGCCAAGCGACCAACAACUUCAAUUCCUUACAAAUGCAACUUGUUGCCGUCAUGAGGCAACAAGAACAACGCAACUCCUCCCAAGAUCAUCUGUUGGCUACGGAAGGUAACGCAGAAGGAGGUAAACGGCAAGAAGUGCAAACCAUGGUGCCAAGGCAGUUCAUGGACCUCGGGCCGUCUUCUGGCGCGGCCGAGCAGGAUGCUGAAGUGUCAUCUGAAGAGAGGACAAUGCUGCGCUCAGGAUCUCCUCCUUUGCUUCUGGAGAAUUCAAAUCCCCGAGAGAGCGGGAAGAGGUUACUUGCGAGAGAAGAAAGCCCGGAAUCCGAGUCUAACGCUUGGGGAAACCCUAACAAAGUCUCCAAACACAAUCCACCCUCCGGAAGCAACAACAACAACAACGGAAAUAGAAACCUUAUUGAUCAGUCCGCUGCGGAAGCCACCAUGCGAAAAGCCCGUGUCUCAGUUCGCGCCCGGUCUGAAGCAACUAUGAUAACCGAUGGAUGUCAAUGGAGAAAGUACGGACAAAAAAUGGCUAAAGGAAACCCUUGUCCGCGAGCUUAUUAUCGCUGCACGAUGGCCGGUGGAUGUCCUGUUCGUAAGCAAGUGCAACGUUGCGCAGAAGACAGAUCUAUUCUCAUAACCACUUACGAAGGAAACCACAACCAUCCUCUUCCACCAGCCGCAAUGGCCAUGGCCUCAACAACCACUGCAGCAGCAAGCAUGCUCCUCUCAGGCUCAGUGUCUAGCCAAGACAAUUUAAUGAACCCAACAAACCUCCUAGCUCGAGCCAUCUUGCCUUGCUCCUCAAGCAUGGCCACAAUCUCAGCCUCCGCGCCGUUCCCAACCAUCACACUGGACCUCACCAAUUCACCCAACGGUAACAACCCGAACAUGACCACUAAUAACCCGUUGAUGCAGUUCGCUCAAAGACCCGGUUUCAACCCGGGGGUGUUGCCUCAAGUGGUUGGUCAAGGUUUGUAUUAUAACCAACAACAAUCCAAAUUUUCUGGUUUACAGUUACCGGCUCAGCCGCUGCAGAUGGCUGCAACUUCUUCGAUGGCCGAGAGCGUUAGUGCCGCUAGUGCCGCGAUUGCGUCCGAUCCAAACUUUGCGGCGGCUUUAGCGGCAGCAAUUACGUCCAUUAUUAACGGCUCCAGUCAUCAGAAUAAUAACAGCAAUAAUACCAAUCUGGCUACUAGCAACGGUGACAAUAUAUAGGCAGUAAGAGUCUUGGUUUUGAUGCUCGAUUUUAUUUUAUUGGUACUUUGUUUUUGAGUUUUGGAUGUGUAAUUAUUCGUAUCCUUGGUUUUGCUUUUGUUCGUAAACAAGAACGGUCUUUGAGAACAUGUUUUUCCUCUUGUUCUUCGUGUAAGAUCAACGUUUUUGUCGGUACUUGAAUUGAAUUUCAAUCAAAAUAAUUU